AUUCAUUUCCUCAAAACGAUUCCGCGCCAAAUCAAAUCCCCAAUUCACUGAAGAGAAUCGCAGAGAACCUGACGGAGAAGAAGAAGGAGAGAAAUGGUGCUGGUGUGUUUCUUGCUGGAUCUGCGCAGCCUCUCGCCUUCACUGCUCAGAGACCUGAAGCAGUCGCUGCUGCAGCUGUCGAAUUUCUACGCUGUUUCAUCGCCGUGGAGGAGCCAAUCGGAGUCUCUCAGAGGUCGGUUUGGUCUCUGUUAUCUCUUCAAAAAUAGCGUUUCAUCUUCCGAUGAGCUGAGGGUCGCAUAUAGUCCUCAAGGGAACUUCAGCCUCCGGGAUUUCCACCAUGCUGUUAACAACGUGCCGACUGAUGCGUUUUUGCCUGAGAUCAGCGGUUCUGGAUCUCUCUGUCCAAGAGAUGUGAAGCUUUCCAGUGUUUUGAGUGAUCAAGUUUUGUACUCCUGGGGAGGUAAAGAUAUAGUGCGAAAAGUGAUUUUUUUGAGCUCUUCUUUACCUCAAAAAGUAGACUCUGCCUUGAAAAAGACACUCAUGGAUGCAGCAGAUAAGUGUGUUUCGGUUGAGUUUAUUUUGCUUGAGCAGAAAUCAAACCACCUUGUUGAUAUAAGGGAGAGUAUUAAUAGCUUCGUCAGCAGUAUAUCUGAUCUUGAUAACUGUUCCUUUCAAAAUUUCCUUCCAGAUGUGAAGGUACUCCAUAGCCUGAUAAAGAGGUGGCUACAAGAUCUAAAGGAUGAUAUGGAAGAGCCAUUCCAAGCUCAUUUUAUCUUCAAGAGUGACCUUGUCGGCUCUGUGAAGCAAAUAUCUUGUAACCUGUCUGCUUCUGUCAGUCAUAUUGUUGAUGGAUUUACCCCUCAUCAGACAUGCAGUUGUCAUGGCAUUGCAUUGAGCAAUGCUGUAAAAAAUAGAACCGGAGGGCCUUCUUGUCCAGUCACAGGCCGUGAUCUCAGAGCAGUUGAUGUGAUAGAAAAUUCUGUGAAGGUUGGAGAAAAAACUAUUCUGUUUAUGCCCUCUUUCCAGAGCUCUAUGAAACUUCAGCAAGUUUCUUCACCUGUUGAUUUCAACAUUAUACAACGGACCAACUUGGGGUCUCUAAGUGAAGGUGUUAUAUUUGGGGAUUCCUAUAUUGUAACUCCAUCAGCUUCUUCUGAGAUAGAUGGUGCUUUAGAUGAAACAGAACAAUCAGAGUUGAAUGCUCAACUUUUUCGUGCACUUUGUGGUGCUUUACAUUCACUGGACCAAGGUCUGGUAUGCUCUGCCAAAUGUAAUAUACAAACAAUGAGGGAGACUUCAUUCCACUGCUAUUAUAUACUUCAACCUUCCAAUGGUGGACCUAUGCUUCUCAGGCGCCUUGCAGGAUCAGAGGAAAUCUUGCCUGUUCCUGAUGUCAGUCAAUUUGUUGACUGUUCAGUGCCUAAGGAGAUUGAAAUGUCCAUUCAAACCAGUUUAUUGAAGGUUGAUUUUCAUUUUCCUUCAUGGUUUUUCUGAUCUCUUCUUCUUUCCUUUUUCUUUUUUUGUUCUAGCUUCACUUAAUUCCCAGUUGUAUACUGCACAAAUUGUCCUGAUUUGCUGUCAAGGGUAACAUUGGCAUGAAACAUAAUCCAUGAAGCUGGGUAAGACUCGUAUGGGAUUGGCCAAAAACCAAAAAGAUAGUAUGGGAAAAUGUAAUGUAUGCCACUCUCUAAGUACUGGAUUCAAGAGACUACAAUCCAGUCCUGUAUGAGAGAGGUUUUCAUCAAAAACUUAACUUGCUUGUAAAGGAGAGCUUACAAUUUGGGAGGCAAACAUAAAAUCUUUUUAAAUGAUGAGAAAAAGAGUAUGAUCGAGGUGGAUAUCAGGAAAGUGGGAACCAAACAUAAAAAUAUGUAUGUAUAGAAGUUGAACAUAAUUACAUAUAUAGAAGUAUAAAAGCAGGAGCCAAACAUAGAAUCUUUUUA